AUGGAUCAUAGCAUGUCAGAGCUUCCUUUUAGACAAAAGCUAGUACUAGUUGAUUGGAUUGGUGGAGGCUUAUUUGCAGCAAGCAUGUGCAGCAUUUUAAUUGGAAUUACCUGGGGCGGCUGUCGAUAUAAUUGGGCCGGUGUACAAAUAUUGGUCCCCAUCAUCGUCGGUCUGUUUGGCAUGGUCGCCACCGUGGUCUGGGAGAGCCGUGUAGCCAACCCUUUUCUCCCUCUUCGACUUUUCAAGUCCCGCUCCGGGGCAGUCUCUUAUUUCUGCGCCUUUAUACAGGGCCUCCUCCUAUUUAGCAUGCUAUACUAUCUUCCAUUCUUCUUCGAGUCUUGCAAAAACCUCAGUCCGACAUUAGCGGGGGUUAGUCUCAUUCCAGUCACAGGUGCCUUAAUACCAACUGCUAUCGUCAUUGGUAUCAUCAUCACAAGGACUGGUAGCUAUCGCUGGGCACUGUGGUUUGGGUUUGGUUCAACGAUGAUUGCACACGGCCUUUUUAUACUUCUCAACGCACAAAUAUCAUCCCGUCAAUGGAUCCCAUUUUUCCUGCUCGGUGGAUGCGGCCAUGGUUUAGUUGUCAUGUCGCUAACAAUAUGUAUUCAAGCUAUUGCUAAGCCCGAGGAUGCCGCCUACGCAGCAGCAACAUAUACCUUUGUCCGAACGAUAGGCAUGUGCGUUGGCGUUGCUAUUGGCGGAUGCAUCUUCCAAAACGCUUUGUCUAAUAAAUUGAAGGAUCUUGCGUUGCCGAUUAGUGUUGCGAAUAACGCUGAAGCCUUUCUCGCCAUAUUGAAAACUCUCGACCUCGAUUCCCCGAUUCGUCAAGCCUAUGUUACCGCAUAUUCGUACGGUUUUAGGCAGGUUUUUAUCGCUAUGACAGCAAUUGUCGGGGUGGGUGGUAUAUGCAGUCUUCUUAUUCAGGAAUUUACUAUGGACAGAAACCUGGAAUCUGAGCACGUAAUCCGUAGAUAG